GUGAUUUGGAUAUUUUUCUUUAUUUUUAAAAUCAUAUUGAAAGUCCCUUACGUGUUGAUUGAGAACAAAAACAGAGAUGAAAUUUCCAAUAGAAACCCCAAGGAAACAAGUUAACUGGGAACCAGAACAAGUGGCGGUCCAAACCAACUUGGUCCCUCCCAAAAAGGCCCAGUCUGGCAUGGCCAAGUCGAGUCUUGUCCAGGCCAGUGUGGCCACCAUGCAGAAUCCGAUGAGCUGCGAUCCUAAGGCCAAUGGUCACUGUCCACUGCCACGCCUGUCCAUCUCCUCCCGCUCUGCCAGCGUUGUGGCCAGCAUGGACGCCAGCUGUGACGGCAUGGCCGCCGCGCUCCACUCAGUGAUGAAGUGGAAGACGGUGCUGGCCGUGUUCAUCGUGGUCGUUCUCUACCUGGUCUGCGGAGGUCUGGCUUUCAAGGCGCUGGAGCAGCCGUUUGAGAGCAACCAGAAGACCAGCAUCACUCUGGAGAAGGCUUCGUUCCUGGAGAGAAACCCGUGUGUUACUCCUCAAGAGCUCGAGGUACUCAUCAAGCAUGCUAUAGAUGCUGUGAAUGCAGGAGUGAGUCCUAUUGGAAACACAUCCUACACUUCCAGUUACUGGGACAUGGGCAGCGCAUUCUUCUUCGCUGGGACUGUCAUCACAACCAUAGGUUAUGGAAACAUAGCUCCAAGCACGGAGGGCGGGAAAAUCCUUUGCAUCCUUUAUGCCAUAUUUGGCAUCCCUCUCUUUGGCUUUUUGUUGGCGGGGAUUGGAGACCAGCUGGGGACCAUCUUCGUGAAAAGCAUCUUGAGAGUUGAGAAGAUAUUCAGGCAAAAACACAAACAGAUCAGCCAAACUAAGAUCAGAGUGACGUCAACCAUCCUGUUCAUUCUGGCUGGCUGCAUUGUUUUUGUCACCAUCCCUGCUGUCGUCUUCAAACACAUCGAGGGCUGGACCACACUAGAGGCCAUCUACUUUGUUGUGAUCACACUCACCACAGUGGGAAUAGGAGACUAUGUGGCAGGUGGUGACCGUAGAAUCGACUAUAUGCAGUGGUACAAACCCCUGGUGUGGUUCUGGAUCUUGGUGGGUUUAGCAUACUUUGCGGCUGUCCUCAGCAUGAUUGGAGACUGGCUUCGAGUACUGUCCAAAAAGACCAAAGAAGAGGUUGGGGAGAUUAAAGCUCAUGCUGCUGAAUGGAAGGCAAAUGUUAGAGCAGAGUUUCGUGAAACGCGGCGGCGCCUGAGUGUUGAGAUCCAUGACAAGCUCCAGCGGGCCGCCACCAUCCGCAGCAUGGAGCGCCGCCAGCUGGGCCUGGAGCAGCGAGCUCUCUCUCUGGACAUGCUGUCUCCUGAGAAGAGGGCCUUGUUUGCCAGUCUGGAUGCUGCUCGCUUCAAGACUUCCUCUCAGGAGAGCAUCGACACCAAGCUCAACAACCUGAGGCUGAAGGGGGCCUGUGAGGCGUACGACCAUCAGGCGAGCGAGCAAACACCACAGACAGCAUCUUCCUCAGAGGAGAAUCUCUCCAACCUGCGCUUUGGAUCCCUUACCAAGCUGGCCAGACGCAACAAGAACCGUGAACUGCGGAGGAACAUUAAUGAAGAUGUGCAACGGACAAGCCUAGGAAUAAAUAAUGCCAUGCUGGGUGAGGAGAGGACGGAAGAAGAAGGAGAUGUGGAGCCAGACGAGGAAAGUGGAGAAAGAAAAGAGGGAAACACCAGUCUGACAAACCUGUCACAUUACGCAAUGGAGCGCAGCAAGUUGAAUGGGUUCACAACAGUGAACGUAAAAGAGGGAGAGAACGACUAGGCGAUGAAUAAUCGAGUGCUUCAGAGACAGAGAGACAGAGUGAAACACACAGAGACAGAGACGCAGAAAAAGAGUGCAUGGACCUUUGAGAUGUCAGUAAAUGUGCCUUUCUGUUUCCUACGCUUACAUCAUAACUGCUCCCAAGGAAAUUCAG